GGGACGUGGACAAUAUGGAGUUUGACUCGAAUGGAUUCGAUGAAGACGAUAGUUUCCGUUCAAAGACGCUCGUUUUUCCAGACGAAAGCGGCGACAAGCUCUCUCAGCUCUACUGUCGCGAAAUGCCACCUAUCCGCCACGCUACCCAAAGUGAGAUGCGGGAACACGGCACAGCAACAGCAGAUGAAGUGCGGAACUCCCCUUCUGUCACUCAACUCCCGGAUCGAAAUUUAGCGCAGAACCCAGAUCUCUUGAAGUGGGUUGGUCAACCAAAGGAAGACGGCACAUACUACCUGGUAGCCCAGUCCUGGUUAGCGCAAUCACAAACGCAAUCUCCUACACCAGUGGAUAACUCGUCUCUGCUGGAGCCUGGCGCAAGCGAGUUACGGCCGGAUCUGAAAGAAGGGUUCGACUAUAUCUCUGUGUCAGCGGAGGCGUGGGAAGCGAUAGCAAAUCGACAUGGCUUGGUAAAUGACACCUCGGCGGUCAGUCGUCAAACAUAUAUGGGUGCGGAUGGGCGAUGGCAUGUCGAUCUGUAUCCAGCAUCUUUUGAUGUCCGGUACAGUCAUAUGCAGGCGGACACGGAACCGGUGGCUUCGAUAAUGCUGUUUCGACAAACGUCUCCAAAACAGAUAAGAACGCUGCUAUCUGAAAAGCUCAACCUGAAUCCGUCCACCUUCGGCAUGAGCUUGAUACGCUCUAACGGUGAAAAGAUCUCAAUAAAAGAGGGUCAGCCAUUGACGCAAAGUGACCUAGGAACAGCGUCUUGGAUCGAAAUAAUUCCACAAGUGGAGCAUAACUUGCCAUCACCAAGUGAUGAAACGCCGGACAGCGUUUUCCAUAUGGAAGAUGUCGUGCGUACCGCAGAAAUCGAAGACACCUCAGAUGCCGUGAAGCCAUUCUUAUCGGUGGCGACGGCUGAACCAACUACCGCUUCGCCGAAAACAUCGCCGAAAAUCCUGACCAAACGGGAAAGAGUGCUGAGGAAGCUGAAUGGUGGAGAUGAAGGAGAGCAGCCGACAGAAGGACCCCCUUUGAUGCUCGAAUAUGGCCCUGCCCCCCCGGAGGAUGUAACAACGGCGCCCUUCGCCAACUCGAACAGUUUCAACUUCUUGCCCGCCCCAACUUACUCACGUCCUACCUCAACUGUCACAACUGGUGCAAUGGGACUGUCGAAUCUGGGGAACACGUGCUUUAUGAACUCUGCGUUGCAGUGCCUUAGCAAUACUGCGCCGCUGACUAAAUACUUUCUGAAGGGGAGUUGGCAAUCAGAGUUGAACCCAGAUAAUCCUCUUGGCAUGAAGGGACAGGUUGCUGAGGCGUAUGCGGAGCUGAUAUCGCAACUAUGGCGACCUGACGGUCAGCGAGGCACCAGUUAUUCUCCUCGGGGUUUCAAAUUAACAAUAGGCCGGUUCAACCCGAUGUUUGCCGGCUACUCACAACAAGACUCGCAAGAGCUUCUCGGGUUUCUGAUCGACGGCCUGCAUGAAGAUCUGAACCGAAUCAAGAAAAAGCCCUACAUCGAAGUUCCGGACAUGGAUGGGGAAUCCGACGAGACGAUCGCUGCGAAGACUUGGGAGAUCUACUGCAUGCGGAAUGACUCGGUUAUAGUGGAUCUCUUCCAAGGGCAGUACAAGAGUCGGGUGGAAUGCACGAAAUGUGGAAAGCUAUCGAUUACGUUCGACCCCUACAUGUUUCUUUCUGUUCCCAUACCCGAUCAUCGCGAGGUUGAAGUCUCACUCACAGCCAUGCCGAAAGUUGCGCCAAGCGGCCCUCGCGAGCUUGAAACUCCCGUUCGUCUCUUUCUGAGCAUGCCAAGGGACACCAGCAUCGCGGUCCUGAAAAGCAUGGUCGCAAAAAGGAUGAGGUGGAAAGCUUCGGAGGCUGAGCACGCCAUCGUCGUCAAUGUUGGACGCAACAGGGUCCUCCGGGUGUUGGAGAAUAGCGAGAUGGUGAAUGCCAUACAUUCGUAUGAUGACAUCUGGGUUGUGGAGCACGAGGAACCCGAUUGGGAUAUGUGGGAAGUUCCGUAUGCGGAUCGUGUGGAGACCAAUAUCAAGCGUUGCGCGGUAUGGACCACUAGUAUGCACGAUAGCCGCGAUCGGUUGAAUCAGGUGUAUGGCCCGCCAAUAAUGAUCACCAUACCCGCGAAGCUCGUUGCAUAUGCACCGGUAUCGAGAGUAGGCGCGAAGCGGCGAUCAACCCAAGAGCAGAGAACCGCAUUGCUUAGAGAGAUUUUUCGGCGAAUUUAUCGCGAAGUCGUGCGCGCGUUACGAAAGUAUGCCAAAAUUCCUCUCUACACACUGAAUGGCUUCACGCGCAUUCAAGAAGUGUAUCAAAUGCUUGAAAGCUAUCCGGCAAGUCAGAAUAAGUCAGACCUUCCUAUCGACGAAGAUCGACCCGCCCCCCAACUCCCGGUGUCCUGGGAUGACAUUGGCGAAGACUGCGAACCAAUCAUCGAUCUCUUCCGACUCAAGUGGUCUUCCGAGAGUUACAAUGGCGGCCCUAAUUGGGUAGAUAUCCUUUAUGAGGGUCCUUCGGAGUAUCAGUAUCGAUUAAGAGACCAGGCGGAAAAAGAGGAAACAUCAACAGAUGCCGACGAUGAAGGAUCCGAUCCUGAGCCUAUGACUGUCGACACACCGUUCCGGAGACCGCGGGGUUUCUCGAAGAGCGAGUUUCGCCGCCCGAGUUUGACCGAAAGCUCAAUAUACUCGGAUCGGCAUAGGCAUGCCGAAAUUGUGCCCUUGUCCGAAGCUGACAUCAAUAUAUACAUGGAAUGGACGAAUGAUUGUUACCAAUAUGUGGUCGACAAUCGGACAUUGGAAGAUUCGCAAAACGAGAGGUUGAAAUCCGAGUAUGAAGCUCGACAGAAGUUAGAGAAAAAGUCCUUAAGUUUACAAGACUGUUUGAACGAAUACCGCAAGGAAGAGAUGCUCGGCGAAGACAAUAGCUGGUAUUGUCCCCGGUGUAAAGAACAUCGGCCAACGAAAAAGAAACUGGACAUUUGGACCGUACCCGAGAUUCUUGUGUUCCAUUUGAAGCGCUUCUCCAACACAGGACGCGGGUACCGGAGCAUAAUGGGCGAUAAGAUUGAUUGUCUCGUCGAUGCCCCAAUUCAAGGCCUAGAUCUGACAGACGUGGUGCUUGGAAAGCAUCCCGCCCGCAAAUGGCAUAGCAACGAAUCAAUCCGUAGAACUGAAUCGUUCGAAUCCGAGAGUAUGGGAUUGUCCGAGGAGUUGAAAGACAAAACAACAAUCAGCUCCGAUGAGAUGACGGAUGUUGCCGACGAAGAAGAGCCGCUCACCGCAGGUGUGGGUGACGAUCGCAUGGCAGCGACACCGCAACCUAAUGGCACGCAUACUGUCGUUGGGAACGGGCACCUUCUAAGCGCAUCCGCAACUGAUGCAGAUACCAGCGAGCCAAUGGACUCUGCGGCUGAUGACGACGAUAACCAACUAGUAUACGAUUUGUUCGCUGUUUCGAACCAUUUUGGUGGUUUGGGAGGUGGUCAUUAUACGGCAUACGCCAAGAACUGCCUGGACGAUCAAUGGUAUAACUUCGAUGACAGUCAAGUAACCAAGACGGACGAAUCUCAAAUCAUGACGUCUGCGGCAUACAUGCUCUUCUACCAAAGACGACGAAAAGGGCCCAAAACAGAUUUGACUCCAAUCCUCGACGAAUACCAAGCAAAGCUUGAGGCAGAGCAGGCCGCAUCCGCCGCCGCCAAAGCGAUCAAAACGUCCGGUUAUUUUUUAGCCAAGCCUUCCGCUCCGCUGCGUGCGUCGCCAACCAUCCGAUCGUCAAGUCCGUAUGGACUGGGUUUGGUUUCUCCGAAUACGACCUCAGCGGACACGACACACAACAAUUCGCGCAACAACUCGCGAGCCGCAUCUCCAGAUGGGUCGAUUACCGACCUUGAUGCGGAAAACGGGGACCGGAAGGCCACUGAGGACAUCAAGGCGCUACUGAAUCACGGCGUAUCUAGCGCGCCUCAUUCUCCUGUCGGAUCUCCGUUGCAUUCGGAGGCAACGAGUUUCCGUCCCUCUGCGGUUGGGUUUGACUUCGGCCUGCAGAACGAGGACUCGGAGUCUGCGCGAGCGACGACGCCCAUCUUGCCGGAGGAUGACUACUCUUCAUGGACCUCUCAAGCCCAGGAGCUGCAGUCACAUGGCGAGUACACACCUGUGCCACUGACGGAGUGGGAGGCGACCAGGCUUUCGGAGCAGGAUGAGGAGGUGGAGGACGUAGUCUUAGAUUUACCAGAAGAGGGAGAGGGAGGGCGGAGAGGGCCACAAGCUAUAGACAUUGAGCAGAACGAGCAAACGGAGGUACCAGUAGCCCGCGAAGGGCAUAAUUCCUCAGAAGCGACAAAGAAGUCAGAUUAGGCCGUGCACCUAUCCGAUAGGCAUUUUUCUUUUUAUGUAAAUAUUAUUUGCCUCGACGC